CCUCCUCAACCCUGAUCAGCUCUACUGCUACUGCCCCUACCAUGAAACUCUCCGUCGUUCACUGCUCUCCGGUUACCACCACUAAACAAAACUUCACUCCCACUUCAUGGUUUACCGGAAAAAUUCUUAUUGAUCCAACCAAGAAAAUAAGAAUCCCAUUAAUACCAUCGCCACAGUCUCCGCUACCACCACCACAGUUGCCAGAGGCAGUUGAACUGCUGGCCAAGCCCCCACCUGUAUCAAUUCCAAGACAGCCAAACUUCCCGGUUCACUUAAGCCCGGUUCAAAAGUUGGUUGUCUCGGCUCUUGACAAAAUAGAAGCCGAAGUGCUUAUUCCUUUAGAGAAGAAAAAACCAUUGCCAAAAACGGUUGACCCGAUGGUUCAAAUAUCGGGCAACUUUGCUCCGGUUCAGGAGUGUCCGGUUCAACACGGGUUAGAAGUAUCAGGCUCGAUCCCGGAAUGUCUACGGGGAGUUUAUGUCCGAAACGGAGGUAAUCCUCUGUUUGCACCCUCCGGUAGGCACCAUUUGUUUGAUGGUGACGGCAUGAUUCACGCCGUUACUUUAGGGUCAGAGAAUAAAGCCAGUUAUAGUUGUAGGUACACUCGAACAAACCGGCUCGUGCAAGAAGCUAAGUUGGGCCGAGUCGUGUUUGUGAAGCCUAUAGGCGAGUUGCACGGAUACUUAGGUCUUGCUCGGUUGGCUCUAUUCAUGGCUCGAGCCGGAGUUGGGCUGUUUGACGGAUCAUUGGGCACCGGAGUGGCAAAUGCGGGACUGGUUUACUUCAAUGGCCGUUUGUUAGCCAUGUCGGAAGACGAUCUUCCGUACCAUGUCAAAAUCAACGGUGAUGGCGAUCUCGAAACAAUCGGACGGUUCAAUUUUGAGAAUCAAAUUGAUUUUCCGUUGAUUGCUCAUCCGAAGGUGGACCCUAUCACAGGUGAGCUCCACACACUGAGUUACAACGUAUUAAAAAAACCAUAUUUAAGAUACCUGAGGUUUGACACGUCAGGAGGGAAGUCACGUGACAUGCACAUCUCACUCCAGCAACCAACCAUGAUCCAUGAUUUUGCCAUAACGGAGAAUUUUGUAGUUAUCCCGGAUCAUCAGAUGGUGUUCAAGUUAUCCGAAAUGGUUUGGGCCGGCGGGUCACCUGUGAUAUACGAUAAAGACAAGAUGUCUCGGUUUGGGAUCUUGAGGAGAAGUGAUUUUGAUGAAUCGAGAAUGCAAUGGAUCGACGUUCCGGAUUGCUUCUGUUUCCAUCUGUGGAAUGCAUGGGAGGAGGUUUCGGAGAAUGGGGAUGAGACUGUUGUGGUGAUCGGCUCUUGCAUGAAUCCUCCCGAUUCCGUUUUUAACGAAACGGGCUCUCCGAUACGAACGGAAUUGUCGGAGAUGAGGUUGAACCUGAGAACGGGAGAGUCGACGCGGCGGGUGAUCGUGUCGGGGAUGAAUCUGGAGAUGGGUCAAGUGAACCAGCUAAUGCUGGGUCGGAAAACCCAGUUUGUGUACUUAGCGAUAGCAGAGCCGUGGCCCAAGUGCUCUGGCAUUGCGAAGGUGGAUCUGGAGACGGGUGAGGUGACCAAGUUCAUGUACGGUGCCGGCCGUUUCGGUGGCGAGCCAUGUUUCGUGGCCAAAAAGAGGGAGUUCUACGACAGGGAGAGUGAGGGAGAAGGGUAUGUAAUGGGGUUUCUGAGGGACGAGGAAAGGGAAGAGUCGGAGCUGGUGAUCAUAGAAGGUUCGAACAUGGAGCAAGUGGGUUCAGUGAAGCUGCCCAGUAGGGUUCCUUAUGGGUUCCAUGGCACCUUUGUGAGUGAACAGGAAUUAAGCACACAGGUCUGAAUUUUACGGUGGAAUCUUAAGAACAAGAAAUCGAAUACAGGAAAUCUAGCAUGUUUUAGGAGCGGUGUUUAUUGUUUGGAUGACGGUCGGCCACCCCCGCCCAAGAUAGUUGGAGCGGUUGACGGUGUUGUUUCCUUGGAUUAAGCAUGGGCGAGUGAAUUCUCAGAGGAUAGAAUUUGUUGGGUCCUACGCAUGUACAUAAAGUACGUGCAUUUCU